UGCCUGUGGUGGCUGUUCCCCAGUAAACUUUAAGUUCCCGCUCCUUCAGUAUCUCCUUCAACUUCUCUUCCCCCAGAACCUCCUGUUGUGGAAGCAGAAGAGCUGGUUUAAUGUCGGUGCCCCACCUUGCUCAUCCUUUACCCUGUGACAAGGAAAACAAAGGAAGGUGGGAGUCAAUCAUUUUGACAAGUCUCCUGAAAGGAACAGCUAGCUGGAGCUGAAACCUUUUCCCGUUUGGUCUCGUGGCAAAGGCAAAGAUCACGCCAACAGCUCUACACAAUAUGACGUGUUCACUAGUGCCCUCUGAACAAUCUCCUGGUACUUCUCUCUUGCCUAAAGACAGUGCCCCAUUUUCUUGGGGUUCCUUGGAUGAUGAUGGAUUGGAUGACUCCUUGCUGGAGCUGUCUGAUGGAGAAGAUGAUGAUGGCCAUAUCAGUCUCACAGAGGAAGAGAUUCAGGAACUCCUAAAGGAUGAUGAUCUAGCAAAUGAACAUUAUUCUUGGGGUGGAGGGUUGUGUAAAGAUGACAGCAGGCAUAUUGGGAAGGGAGGGAGAGGGAAUCAAAUUCUACUUGAUACUCCCCAAGAGAAAAACUCACUGUACAGCACAGGACCAGUAGAUCAGACCCCUGGUCUCUUCAAACUACCUCAACUAACUUCCUCAGUUGGUCAUGGACCAAUUCCUACUAAACCAUUAAACAGACACUUUGCACUAGAAAAGAAUCUUAUAAAAGUAACAGUUGUUGCACCAUUUGAUCCAACAGUUUGUGAUGCUGUGCUUGAUAAAGACAAGACUGAUUCAUCCAAAGAUAAUGAAAGGCCCUCCUCCCUUGGAGAAGAGAUGAGAGAAGAUGGUCUUAGCCCAAAUGAGAGCAAACUUUGCACUGAAUCUGAAGGGAUCAGCUCCAGUAAUUCUGCCAGGGACAGAUCCCUGACCCCUUCUUCAAACAAUAACUUUCAGCACACUGUCUCUGAUAAAAAUAUGUCUGACAGUAAGAAACCUACACCUGUAUUCUCCCAAAUCUCAGACCAUUCAGAGACUCCUUCUAAUAUGGAGUCAUCCUGGAGAAAUGUAUCACAUAAAUCAAGUUGUGAAAUGAGGUUUCCAGUUGUUUCCAGUUCAUCAAACAGACAGGAUGUUCUUGAUAAGGAUUCUGGGAAGCUGAAAGUCCACGAGAGAAGACUAGGCAAAGUCAUUCCUGUUCUGCAAGCCAAAACAAGGACUAAUGUACUGCCAGAGUUUUCACAAUCAAAUCUGGAACAGCAGAAGGAAAUUUACCUAAGGAGUGUCAUUGCUCAUAUAGAAGGCCCAGAGGACUCUAAUCAAGGUUCUGUGGGGGAGCGUAAUGCCUUGAUGGAUCAAGUUUAUCAUCUACAGAACCAACAAUGGCAACAUCCUUCAGACCUCACCAAGCGAAACUAUGCCCGGUUCCGACAGGACCCUCUGCAGAGAUACAGCCUGACUCAGUGGGUUGAUAGGAAUGAACGAAGCCACCAUCGUUUCCAGCGUCUCACAGAUUUCCCGUGCAGUCCUUUUGUCUCAUCUCAUCAGCAGUGAAGGUCUUUAUCCAUGGUCCUGUCCAGAGCAGCGUUUCAUCAUCAUCUGCUGUUUUGUGCUUUGUAGAUUUUGAAUUUUAUUUUCACAAGAUUUUUAUUUAAAGAAUUUGUCACUUUUUGGAAAAUCUCCAGUGCUGACUUGAAAAUUUUUGUCCAAGGUCUGUGGGGUGUGUGUGUGUGUCUAUCUGUGUCUAUGUGUAUGUAUGUGUGUGUCUGUCUGUCUGUCUUGAAAGCCAACAUUAAGCUAAAACACCCAGGCAGAAGCAAGACACCACUUCUAUACAGAGGUGAAGUGGAUAAUUCUGGUGCCCAACAGAAACCACUUUUUAUUCUCCUAUAAGGAAGAGAUUAUUAGACUGCAAACCAGUGGUAAUUAUUGCCAACAACUUAUACAUGGAUGUAAGUCACUUUUAACAGCCCCUCUUACUUUUUUAUUUGAAUUUCUGAAAAUACUGUCAGAAAUUUUAAGUUGGUAAUUCAGGACAUUUGAAGUGGGAUGGAGCAGGACAAAAAUCCUGUCGAAAGGACAGAUUAACAGUGCAAAUCUUAUGUUCUCUUUUUCGUGCCUAUUUAGUUGCCUUUAUUUUUACCUUUUUUCAUUCUACACUAAAUUUAUUUUCACAAUAGUGUUUACAAGUCUUUCUGCAUCUUAACUCUGACUGACACAAGACUACUGAGAAAGCCUUGUUGAUUUGUAGUCUUGUGACUGAUUAUCUUCUUUGCCUUCUUUAAGGAUUUUCCUUUUCUCCCCAGUGACUACUAAACCUUCGGAGUCCACCAGAGUAUUCCUGUGUCUUGUUAGACACUGAUUGCCUCUUGAGAACAGCCUCCCCGCUCUCUUUAUUGAAGAGCUACCUACCCAAAGUCUAGACUCUAACAGGCCAGAAAGUUCAUGCCACUGAGGGGUCAGUUGGUCUUCACUUUAUCUACUAUACCCCAAUUUCGAGGAUGAGUUGAUGAGUUAGUCAGAAAGCCUCCAUCCAUCCUGUGAGAGACAUUUCAGAGAGGCACUCUUUUGUUUCCAUUGUUAGUUAACAGCAGGUGCCUUUACAUCCUAGAUGUUACCUUCUUUUCAUUUGGUCAGACUUUGGAUGCACAGUUUCACAAAGCUCCUGACUAAGCUUGUGCACAAAAAACAUUGCCGGAUCUUAAGGUUUGGUAUUCGAAUCCAAGUUCACAGCCUGUGUAGCUGUCUUUAUGGAUGUCUUAAGAGUUUGUUAUUCUCUCUUUACCUAAAGCUCUAGAUAGCUUUUGGGAGAUCUUGCAGGCCAACAUUAGUACUAUUGUUGGUCACUCUUUGUGAAGGUUGUACAUAGUUGCUGUAGCACAGCCUGUGCUAAUGAGCAAGCUGCCUCUGUCUGGUUUUGUUGUUUAACUGGCCCAUCUUUGUAUGUGAGUAACCUUUCAUAAACAUCCUAUCCUGCUUUAGAAACUGACAUGGGGAAAGCUUGUUCAUUGAGGCCACCAAUUUAUAUUGAUGUGCCUGAGUGUUUACUAUUGUUAGCCAGUCAAGGAUGUUCUUUUCCUUGAACAACUGGUUUAGAUUCUGGGACCAAAAUGCAAAGUUCUGUUCAAAGGCAAGAGUCAAAAACUAUUAUUUCAAUGAACAUAAUUGGCAUUUACUACAUCAGUCACUUCUCCAGGUUUCCAUAAAUUAGCUUGAGGGAGUAUGACAUGCAAACAUCCACUCUGGAGCCUUAGCAUAGUAAAAAUUAAUUGUAGCUAGAACAACUAGCAUUGCAGCUAUUGAGUUCCCCACAGGUAACCCAAGGGGGAAGAACAGCAUUUUGCUGUGGCAAAAAUUUAAAACUGAUGUUUCUGCCUUCCUGGUACAGGAGGAUUUAAGUCAGAGUGUGCACUGGGAGCCCUGCCUUUGCCAAAUAAAGUGAGUGACGGGUUAACUAGAAAAUGUGACAAUCACAUUUCCUCUUCGCUCAAAUAAUUCUGUUUUUCCAAAGCUUUAGCAGCUUAAUUAAAUCUGUUGGACUGGGGGAGGAGAGAACUGUUCUCUAGUGGUUAACAUGGUAUUCUUUAAGAAGAAAAAACAAAGCCAAAGAAAACUCAUUAUCAGGCGUAUUUGCCAUAAAGAUGGUAGUGGGUAGAAUCUGAAGUUUUAAUGUUUUUAAAACUUCGUGUCGUAUUUGGUGUUGGCCUGUAAGUCUAAUACUUCAUGUAGAAUUCUUGCCGUAUUGUUUUUAGUAACAGUUAUGUGCAUUAACUGUCUACCAGCUUUCAUCCAUGAUGACAUUCUCACCACAGAGGUCUUGACAAAGCAGAGUAAAACUGUUCUGUUUACAGAGUUUAAGAGCCUGAUGUAACCUGUAGUUUUGUAUCUAAUGCAGGCCCUGAUUUACUUGAGUUAUUGUCAGGAUCAAUUAUGAAACUGAAGUUUGGUGCCUCCUCUUUAUCAUGUUUUUUCCCUUGUAGCAGUUGUGUUUAAUGUCAUUAAAAAGAAAUAAAAGUUCUUGUCAGUGGCAUAUGUACUGUGGCCGUC